CUAUUUUCAUUUCACAUCUCUCUUCAAUUAUAUAUCAUCUUCAAGUUCCUAUUCCUACUCUCUCUCUAAACCAAUUAUCUGUUUUUCUCAUCAAGUUUAAUGUCUAGUGAUCACCAGAGUAAGGGAAGAUCAGAAAUAGGUGAAGGAUCAUCAAGAGGUGGUCUACUUAUACCUUCUGAUCAUCCACAACAACCACCACCAGCACCACCGCAGCUAAGCCGGUAUGAGUCACAGAAGCGGCGUGAUUGGAACACUUUCGGACAGUACUUGAAGAACCAAAGGCCACCAGUGGCUUUGUCCCACUGCAACUACAGUCAUGUACUAGAUUUUCUUCGGUACCUUGACCAAUUUGGAAAGACUAAGGUUCACUUACAAGGUUGUGUUUUCUACGGUCACCCGGAUCCGGCUGGCCCAUGUAGUUGCCCUCUUAGGCAAGCAUGGGGUAGCCUUGAUGCCCUCAUCGGGCGCCUGCGGGCAGCUUAUGAAGAAAAUGGUGGAUUGCCCGAAAUGAACCCGUUUGCUAAUGGCGCAAUACGGGUUUAUUUGCGGGAAAUUCGUGAUUCGCAGGCGAAAGCAAGAGGGAUCCCUUACAAGAAGAAAAAGAAGAAGAGAAAUCAAAAGGCAAACGAAGAAACAUCGAGUUUUCGAAUGCAACAAUCAUGAUCUAUGCUUCUUCAAUACUGUUGCUUUUAAGAUGGAGAUGGACACACAAGAUUUGAAGCUCUCAAAAUAUGUCACCAACUUCCAUUAUUGGGUGGACACAAAUUGCUCGAAGCUCAUUGAUGCAAAUGCCCGAUUCUCUACAGGUCUGGUUUGGUUAUGGUGAUAUAUAAUCAGUUAAUAAGAGAAUAAUCUAUAUAUUAUAUAUAGAAGAUAUUUAAAGAUGAUAAGUCGAUGUCUAUCCAUCUAAAUUAAGUUAUUGUCUAAAUUAGAUGUUUUUCAUGCUUGUUAAAUUUGAAAAUGGGUUCUGGACUAUACUUAAUUA